CUUCCAUCAGGUAUAGGUCUUCUAUUAGGUAUUUCCUACAUUGAGGUCGCGUAUUCAAAAAAAAAAAUCUUAAUAGAUGUGGUGUUCAUAAGUUUAGAAGGUUUCAAUCGUUGACUGAACAUUUUUCAUCUGUGCACUUUUUGCCGCUUGCGGUUUGUCUUCAAAAGCUUUAGUAUUUGCAUGAAAAAUUUGUAGUUCAUGAAUUUGCGAUAAAAAAUACGUAUUCUAAUUUGAAAAAAAGUCACCCUCUAAAACCCCCCCCUACAUUUUUCAAAUUCAUAGCAUCGUUGACAACGUUUUGACAAAGUUGACUAAAUAUAACAUCAUUUAAAUUACGAACAUUUGGCCUGAAGAUCGCGAAAUAGUUCAAAAAACCAAAGCUAGUUAGCGUUCAACACGGUUUGAGCCAUUAAAGUGCUACGCUCGCUGUCAUCGGUUGUGUCAAUUAUUAAGGUUAUGACAAUGAAGCUACAAUUACAAAAUUUCGAAUCCAAUCGUAUGUAAAGGACCCAGUGAUUUUCUAUUAUGCCACAGAAAAACUGACUUGCUUCCUUCAAAUUUACGUAAUCUGUUGAGCGAUGCGUUCAACUCAUGUUCAACUGCAGUACGGGGAUCAUAAGCGAAAAAUCAUGGCUACCCAACCAAACAACACUGGUCCACCUAUUUAUUGGGGAACUGGGCAACCACCGGCUCAUGACAUUGGUUACUACCAGCUUCCGCUUCCUAACUUCCCUCUGCCGAAUUUAAGUCAACCACCACCAUCGUACAAUCCAUCUACUCCAUCUUUUACCAGUAAUCAGCCCAUGAACAUGUCCCAAGAACGUCAAUUCACAAGUGGACCUCCGCCACCCUAUGUAAGCUGUGCGCCAAAUACUCCAUACGUACAUCAAGCUUAUCCAUUGUCAAACAAACCCAAUUCGUAUGAUUCGAAUAAUAUGCAUGUCCCAAACUAUUCUUCAUCAACGACUACUCGGUAUAAUUAUAAUAACUGGGACGCAAGUAAUUCUCAUGAGACUAACGAAGAAUGGGAUCGAGACAGCGCUUCACUGCGUUGGAAUUUGCCACCAGAUAAUUUUAAUUUUGAGCACAACGAUGCUUGUUCCUCACAAUCACAAGCCAAAGGACAAAGCAAUAUCCAGUCACACGCUGUGCCGAAAAGUAUGAAUAAGAAGUCCUGGCAAGAUUACAGAGGACGGACUACCAGCCAUAAUAUGGAAAGUAAAAGAUCUAGUAAUUCGGACAGCCGGGAGCCAAGAAGAAGCGAUAGAGAUUCAGUCAUCUCUCGAUACAACCAAGAUAGAGAAAAAUAUGAUGACUGGGGGAGGGGGAGGGGGAGGUCAACAAGCAAAGAAUAUUCGAGCAACCAUAGGAAGAGCAAUAGUCUCACCCUAAUUAAAAAUAGGGAAUCUAGUUCGAGAUGCUACUCUCGUGCUAGCACCGAUUCACGCAAAUCUAGCUUGGGCAAUUACAGUAGAAAAAGAUCAAGAUCUAGAGAUUCCCAUGUGUCUGUGGCAUCUAAUCUAAGCAGUAAUAGUUCUAUGAAACCAAGAGCACAAAGUGAAAGAGAUCAGCUGUUAGAAAAAUACAGACGUAAUUACUGCGCAACGAGCAAAGAUAUGGAGAAAAAACUGGAUGAGUUGUCCGCUAUGGGACCCGAAGGCAUAAUGGCACACGAGAGAAGGGUGUGGACUCGCACAGCUCCAGCUGACCUCUACUAUGCCAGGGAUGAAUCAAAUCCCAAAAUUAUGAUGGCUACUCCAAAGCUGACAGAGUUGUGUAGUAUUUUUAAGGAAUUAUUAGUAGAUAGAUCUACCGCUGCCAGAGCACUACAGCCUCCAUAUGAGCCGCCUCCGAGAAAAACCAGGGCCAGAUUGUGUAGACAUAAAACCGAAGCUUGUAGUAGUUCUUCGUCAGAUAGCGAUACUUCAAUGGAUGAAGACGAUAGAACAAUGGAAGAAUUAAUGGCUAAAAAGCAACAUCCGCAACGGUUACACCCGGAAAUGUGGUUUAAUGAUCCUGGAGAGAUGAAUGAUGGGCCCUUGUGUAGAUGCAGUGCUAAAUCCAGAAGGUCUGGAAUUCGACAUGGCAUCUAUGCUGGUGAGGGUGUAAUAGCCAAGUGUGACUCAAGUUCAAACAACGCGGAUAAAUUAUAUCACUAUCGCAUAACCAUCAGCCCGCCAACUAAUUUCUUGACAAAGACUCCAACCAUAAUAAAGCACGACGAACAUGAAUUUAUAUUUGAAGGAUUUUCAAUGCUCUCCCAUUUUCCACUGGUUAAAUUGCCCACCUGUAAAGUAAUCCGCUUCAAUAUUGAAUACACAAUUUUAUACAUCGAUGAGAAAUUACCAGAAAAUUUUACAAUCAGAGAACUGGAUUUAUUUCAGGAUUAUUUAUUCCAGGAAAUAUUGGAACUUGUUGACUUUGAUUUACGUGCAGCGCAAGACACUACCGGUUGUGGCCAAUUCCACUUUAUGCCAAGAUUUGUUAGAGACUUACCAGAUAAUGGUCAAGAAAUAUUAUCCAUGAACGAGGUCUUGAAUUAUUUAAUUAAAAGCAGUACUGCUCUGAUUGAUUCCAAGGAUCUCAACAGGCUCGUUGAUAUGCCUCAAUAUAAAUGGCAAAAUUUUGCUGACGAAGUUAAAGGUAUGGUCGUUACUUACCCUGGAAAAAAACCUUGCAGUGUCAGAGUUGAUCAGUUGGAUAGAAAUCAAGAAGAUCAACCUCCAGGUGUAACCUCAUACCCUGAAAUUGUUCAUUUUGGAAUCCGACCACCACAGCUCAGUUAUGCCGGAAAUGCCGACUAUCAGAAGGCUUGGAGGGAUUAUGUCAAGUUUCGACAUUUGCUUGCAAACAUGCCAAAGCCAUCUUUUGAAGAUAAAAGAAAAUUAGAGGCAAAAGAAAAUAAGUUACAAGAGCUGCGGACGCAGAGUAAAAUGAAAAGAGAUGUAACGGUAGAUGUUAGCUCCGAGGGUUUCUAUCGUACAGGCAUCAUGUGCGAUAUCGUACAACACGCCAUGCUUAUUCCUGUUUUAGUUUGUCAUUUGAGGUUUCAUAAAUCGCUAGAUAUUCUAGAGAAAACUAUCGGUUAUCAAUUCAAAAAUCGAUACUUGCUACAAUUGGCUCUUACACAUCCAAGCUAUAGAGAAAACUUUGGUACAAAUCCUGACCACGCGAGGAAUUCAUUAACCAAUUGCGGGAUACGACAACCUGAGUACGGUGAUAGGAGGAUUCAUUACAUGAACACGAGGAAGCGAGGAAUAAAUACUUUGAUAAACAUCAUGUCAAGAUUUGGUGCGAGAAGAGAAACUGAGUCCUCCAUAGCCCACAACGAGAGAUUGGAAUUCCUCGGCGAUGCCGUAGUCGAGUUUUUAACAUCCAUUCAUCUAUUUCACAUGUUUCCUGAUUUGGAGGAAGGUGGAUUGGCGACUUACAGAGCAGCUAUUGUACAGAAUCAACAUUUGGCUGUACUUGCUAAGAAACUGAACUUGGAACAAUACAUGCUUUAUGCACACGGAAGUGACUUGUGCCACGAUUUGGAGCUAAGGCACGCUAUGGCCAAUUGCUUCGAAGCAUUGAUGGGGUCGCUGUUUUUGGAUGGUGGAAUAGAAGUUGCUGAUAAAGUAUUUGCGGAGACAAUGUUCAUGGAGGAAAAUGAUCUUUCUAAGGUCUGGGUAAAUUAUCCUCGACACCCUCUACAGGAACAGGAACCAACCGGAGAUAGACAAUGGAUACCUAGUUUCGAAUUGUUGCAAAAGUUGACUAAAUUCGAAGAAUCGAUCGGAGUAAAUUUCCAGCACAUUCGAUUGCUGGCACGUGCAUUUACAGAUCGAAGCAUCGGAUAUACGAAUUUGACACUGGGGUCUAAUCAACGUUUAGAAUUUCUAGGAGACACAGUGCUUCAACUGAUUGUUUCCGAAUAUCUCUACAAAUUCUUUCCCGAACAUCACGAAGGACAUUUAUCGCUCCUGCGUAGUUCUCUGGUCAAUAAUAAAACCCAAGCGGUAGUAUGCGAUGAUUUGGGUAUGACUCAGUACGCAUUGUACGGAAAUCCGAAAGCAGAGCUUAAGACUAAAGACAGGGCUGACUUAUUGGAGGCAUUUUUGGGAGCUUUAUACGUAGACAAAGGCUUAGAAUUUUGCCACGUAUUUUGCGACGUAUGUUUUUUUCCUCGUCUCCAAGACUUCAUCAUGAAUCAAGACUGGAAUGAUCCCAAGAGUAAACUGCAGCAAUGCUGUUUAACUCUCAGAACUAUGGACGGCGGAGAGCCGGAUAUACCAGUUUACAAAGUAAUCGAGUGUAAAGGACCCACUAAUACCCGGGUAUAUACCGUUGCCGUUUAUUUCCAAGGUAAACGUUUGGCUAAAGCUUCUGGGCAUAGUAUUCAAGAAGCCGAAAUGAACUCUGCUAAAGAAGCCCUUGAGAAAUCACAGGAUUUGUUCCCCCAAUUGGAUCAUCAAAAACGAGUUAUUGCAAAAAGUAUGAAAAGGCAACAGUGGCCAAAUAGACAAAUGCUAUGGGCGAAACCUCACAAAUCCCACGAACGCUCAGAUGACUCUGAUUCGAGCUUGAGGCGCAAUCGACGAAGUCGCAGUAGGGAACGUGAAAGCUCAGAUAGAAGAUCACGGGAUCGGUACGACAGCUCAGAUCGAAGAUGCGAAGAGUCGCAGGGAGGGUUUGCAAAAGUAAAGGGAUACAGAAAUACCGACAGAGACUGCGGGGAACAGUACACUCGCCAUACCAAGUCAACAUUUUCUAAUAAAAGUGAUGCUUAUGAUGUUGAUUAUGGAAGAAAUAACGGUGGUAGGGACAAAGAAGCAACUUACAACAUUGAGCACAACGCAAAGCACGAACAUAGGUACACUUACGAACAAGGUUCCAGCAGCAAUCGUCAUCAGAAUGUAGACAAGUAUCAAGAGCGCGGUGGUGCAGACGGAAAACAUAAUAAUAGCAGUAGAAGUCUUGCAUCAACCAGUAGAAGGUAUCAAAGGCACAGUAACAUUGAGCUUCGAAGCCCAUACCGAAGCAUACAAACUGAUUAUGAGGGUAGCGAAUCUGUUCAUAAGGAAAUAAUAAGCUCGAGUCAAGACGACGAUUCUUUCCGAAAUCAAAACUUUUAUCAUAAUAAUCGUAAAAGGAAAAGGUUUUUUAACGACCAAUCGAGUAGUGGUGAAGAUGGAAAUAUGCCGGAACAAUACAAAAGCAGUAAUUUUACUAGUCGUGUGAACAAGAGAUGUACAUAAUCAUGAAUUUAUCGACAAGAAAUAUAUGAUUACGUUUAA